AUGUUAAAUAUUUCUCAUGGAUCACUUUUUAAUUUGAAACAAGAAUUAACAGCAACUAUGGAAGAUCGAAAUGCAUCGAAAAGAACUUUGCGUUCAAGAACAGCAACAGUUGAAGAUGAAACAGAAUUUCCGAGAGCAAAAUCAUCUAAUAGAUCUGGUCGUUCUGAUAAUGCAAAAUGGCAUAAUAAACGAACUGAAUUCAGUCGAAUUCUAUCAAGAGCAUGGAAUAAAGAUAGGAUUCGUGAUUGGUUAGAACAGCACCAAAUUCCGUAUCCUGAUCAUUAUUUUAAAGCAGAAUUGCUUGAGUUAUGUCACACCAAUGCUCCACCUAAACAAUAUCUUGUCGAUGAUGCUGCUGCAUUAUGUGAUGUAGAGAUCUUACGGUUGCCCAUCAAGCAUUGUAUGCUUAAUCCGAUCGAAAUAGCAUGGGUGUGCAUGAAAAAUUAUAUUCGAGAUCAAAAUACAUCAUUUAAAGUGCAAGAUAUCCGUGAAUUAGCUGCCAACUGGUUAGCUGCUUGUGAUGAAUCAACAUCAACAGGAUUUUUUGAGAAAACGAAAGAAUACGAGACGACAUUCAAAUUAGCUGAUCAUUAUGUUGAAUCAAUUGAAACAACAUUGUUAGAUACUGAUGAUGAUGAAUCUGAUAUUCAUUUAGAUGAAGACGAUUCACGUAACAGCAGUGACGAUAAAUAA